AUGGACACGUUCAACACCAGAGGACCGGGCUCGGAACGGCCGCGGCCGCACGUCGUACUGCUGGCCAGCCCUUCGGCAGGCCACCAGAUUCCGCUGGCAGAGCUUGCGCGGCGUCUCGUCGAGCACCAGGGCUUCGCCGUCACGCUGGUCACCUUCGCCAACUUCCCCCUCCCGGCGCACGACUUCGCCAGCUGCAUUCCGCCCGCCACCGUCGCCACCGCCAUGCUCCCCGCCGUGGAUAUGGAUGACGUCCCCGCGCACGAGUGGCACGACAUCAUCCAGGUGUUCGCCCAGCUGGUCCGUCGCUCGCUCCAGAAUCUCCGGGACCUUCUCCGCCGCAUCGGCGCCACCGCCGGGCCGCUCGCGGCGUUCGUUCCAGAUAUCUUCUGCUCUGAGGCGCUGCUCGUCGCUGGCGAGCUCGACGUUCCGGGCUACUUCUUUCUCCCUAGCAACCUCAACUGGCUUGCUCUCGAGCGACGCUUCGUGGAGCUGCACAACGGCCUGCCUCCCGGCGAGUACCGCGAUUUCCCAGAGGAUGUCGAGUUUGCCGAGGGCGUGUCGCUGCACCGCACGGAGCUCCCCGUCGUAUUCCGUGACUCCAACAGUCUGGAUUUCCAGCGACUACUAGUGAGUUCCCGGCGAUACCUCCUGGCCGACGGCUUUUUGGUCAACACCUUCGACGAGAUGGAACCUGCCCUCGUCGAAGCGUUCAAGGUAGCGGCGGAACAAGGCACGUUCCCGCCGGUGUUUGCCACGGGGCCGCUCAUCCGCCCGUCAAAACAAGAACCCGAUGUCGACGACCGGCACUGCUUAUGCUUAGAGUGGCUGGACCGCCAGCCGAUAGGCUCGGUGGUUUAUGUCUCCUUCAGCACUCUAGGAGGGCUGUCUCUGGAGCAGACCACGGAGGUUGCCGCUGGGCUUGAGGGCAGCGGCCAAAGGUUCCUCUGGGUCGUGCGGAUGCCAAACCUGGCGUUACCAGCAGCAGCAGACGGCGACCCGUUGGCCUUGCUCCCCGAGGGCUUCUUGGAGAGGACGGCGGGCAGGGGCCUCGCCGUCACGGCGUGGACGCCGCAGGUGCGCGUGCUAUCCCACCCGGCCACGGCGGCCUUCUUGUCGCAUUGCGGCUGGAACUCGACGCUGGAGAGCGUGCAGUCCGGCGUGCCGAUGGUCGCGCUGCCGAUGGGCGUGGACCAGACGAUGAAUGCGACGAUCUUGGAAGAGAAGCUCGGGAUGGCGCUGCGGCCGCCGGCGCGAGAGGAUGGCAUCGUGGGGCGCGAGGAGAUCGCGACCGCCGUGAAAGAGCUCCUCAUCGAGGGAGAGAGGGGGCGGGACGCACGGCGCCGGGCAGGAGAAAUGCAGCAAGCGGCAGUGAGUGCAUGGUUGCCGGAAGGCUCGUCGUGCCGUGCGCUUCAGGAAGUCGCCACCAAGUGGAAGGCGGGGUGUGGUGCGUGUGACACGAAAAGACACUACUGA